CUCGGUCCCUCGACUCAUUCGAAAUUUCUCGCGAUAAAUACUGUUCUAUAGAUCAUACAAUUGAUCCGCCGCAUACACUCAUCAUGUCACGCAGGGGACCAGACACUGUUAGCCUUGAUGUUCCUUCUUUAUGUUGCGAUCUCAAGUCCGCAGUAAUGCAAUUGCAAGGAAGUAGUCCGAUUCAAGGUACGGAAGAGCUUCUAUGCGCUGCUAAGCAGCUCGUGGCAGUACUCGAGCAGCCAUUCGACCGCAUGGCUCGUUUGGCGAAAGCGCCGGUAGGUCAUGCGGUACUACGAACUGCUAUAAAUAUCGGUCUAUUUGAGCAAUUUUAUGCCGGAAUCAACCAUGCGGAAGGAUUGGCGGCUCGGUGUGGUGUUGAGAAGACCCUUCUCGUGAGACUGAUGAAUGUUCUUGUGUCAGAAGGAGUCUUCGAACAAUACGGACCACAGCAGUACAAAUCUACCUUGAGCUCUCAGCAUAUGACAUUGCCUGGAUUCCGUGCGGUGGUCAGGGGUCUUGCGGAAACCGCUGAUAUCAUGCCACACCUUCCGGAUUAUUUAGCAUCGAUUCAGUACAGAAAUCCCAGUGAAAAUAAACCCGGACUCUUUGGGUUCGCCAAACGAUCAGAGCUGAGCAUGUUCGAGUGGUUGGAACAAAAUCCCGAAAAGCUCCAGGUUUUUCAAGAAUUUCAAAGUGCAAAAGAGGAGAUGUUAGACACGAGCUUCGAAUCUCUGCUCCGGGAGCUCAUAGAAUCAACGCCCCCGGUAAAAAAACUUAGCAGCGAUGAAGAGUCUUUCCAGACAGACACGGUCUUGCUAUGUGACGUUGGGGGUGGCAGAGGGACAGCUCUACGUAGUGUAUCUACGUCAAUCCCGAAACUUUCGACAUUCGGCAGAACCAUAACACAAGACUUGAGAAGCGUUGUUGAGAGCAUAGAGCCAUGCCCAGAGUGGGAAGCCAUGCCCUACGACUUUUUCGAACCUCAACCAGUGAAAGGCGCAUACAUUUACAUGCUUCGAGAUGUGCUACACAAUUGGUCCGACACAGCUUGUCUGUCCAUCCUCAGCAACAUCAUCGAGGCAAUGGGGCCAAAGUCGCAACUAUUAAUUCUAGAUGCGGUACUACCGGAGACUUGCGCACCUCAAUUCAUGACAUACAUCGAUAUUCAGAUGAUGCAGUUUGGCGGAAUGGAACGUACUGAGUCACACUGGAGGCAUUUACUUUUUCAAGUCGGGUUGGAAGUAGAAAGUAUUCAGGUAAGGAAUACUACAGGGCUGGAGUCGAUGAUAAGGGUCAAAAAGAUUUAGAUCGUUCUGCUGGUUGCAUUACCUGUCCGGGAGUUGAUAAGUCGCUUCAAAGAGACCCUAUGAAACAAGGAAUACGAUAGGACAGGUAUGAAAGGAUAGCACAAGAGUACACGAGAGAUGAUAGUCAUGAUCACUUGUUCGUCAAAUAAAGAGGUGCUAUUGCAAGACCAAGUAGAGCUCAGAUCAUAAGCAGGUCAGCAACAUUUUAGGUGUAGAAUAAGCAUGUACCGGGGAAGGCUUCAUGUAGUAAAGAGUCUCUCGAAAGAUAACGUAGAUCUUAUACUAUAUAGAGGAAAACCGUGGAAC